UGUGGCAUUAAAGCAAACACUUGAUUGGCACUCAAUCCCGAGCUCUCAGUCUCCACACCGACCCUUCUUCUUCUUCGCUUCUUCGCUUCUUCGCUUCUUCGAUUGGCGCUGAUGAUCGUCUCGGCGUUGCUGACCUCCGUGGGCAUCAACCUCGCCCUCUGCAUCCUCUUCUUCACGCUCUACUCCGUGCUUCGGAAGCAGCCCGGCAACAUCGAGGUCUACGCCCCGCGGCUCGUCGCUGAGGGGAAAGCCCGGAGAAGAGGCGGUGAAUUCAAUAUUGAGGAUCUUUUGCCUUCUCCCGGAUGGGUCCAGCGCGCGUGGCAUCCCUCUGAAGAUGACCUCCUCGCCUCCUGUGGCCUUGACGCUGUUGUCUUCAUGCGUAUUUUCAUCUUCAGUUUGAGAGUUUUCACUGUUGCUGGGAUUGUUGGGGUGUUUGUGUUGGUUCCAGUGAAUUAUCUUGGUGAUCAACUCAGUGGUAUCGAUUUCGCUGAUAUCCCGAAUAAAUCCUUGGAUUUGUUCAGCAUUUCAAAUGUGAAGGAUGGAUCUAACAGGUUAUGGGUUCAUUUCUCUGCUGCAUAUCUUAUCAGUGCAGUUGUUUGCUAUCUGCUGUAUGCUGAGUUUAAAUAUAUCUCUUUGAAGAGGCUUGCUUACUAUAGUGCAUCCAGCCCACAACCUCAUCAAUUUACCAUUCUUGUCCGUGGUAUUCCUGCUCAUGAUGGGAGUAGUGUCGGUGAUGCAGUGGAGAACUUUUUCACAGAAUAUCAUCCAUCUACUUACCUGUCACAUGUUGUGGUUCGUCGAACACGCAAACUUCGAGAUCUCAUGACUGAUGCUGAGAAUUUAUAUAGAAGACUCGCUCAUCUAAAGUCAAGGCCUCAUACUUCUGAACACUCAAGACGAAGUGGUUUCCUAGGAAUUUUUAGACAGAAUGGUGAUCUUGUACGUCAAUAUUCAAAGAAGCUGGAAGAUCUGGAAACAAACUUGAGGAUAGAGCAAUCAGAUGCUUCUUUAAGAAGAGUGGAAGUUCCUGCUGCUUUUGUUUGCUUUAGAUCUCGAUAUGGCGCCGCAACUGCUCUCCACAUCCAGCAAUCAGUUAAUCCCACACAGUGGGUCACCGAACAAGCUCCUGAACCUCGGGACAUCUAUUGGCCUUUUUUUUCUGCAUCAUUCAUGCAAAGAUGGGUUUCCAAGCUUGUGGUUUUUGUUGCAUCUUUUAUCCUGACUAUUAUCUUUCUCCUUCCUGUUGCCAUUGUUCAAGCACUAACCAAUUUGGAUCAGCUAGAGACCACGUUCCCUCCCUUGGUGGGCAUUCUGGAAAUCACUGUUGUAAGUCAAGUAAUUACAGGAUAUCUUCCAAGUCUCAUUCUUCACUUGUUUCUAUCCUUUGUUCCUCCAAUCAUGAAGCUCUUUUCCACCAUGCAAGGUUUUAUUGCUUUGAGUGAGAUUGAGAAAAGUGCUUGCAAUAAAAUGCUUUGGUUUACCAUAUGGAAUAUUUUCUUUGCAAAUGUGCUAGCUGGGACUAUUUCCAGUCGAUUGGAGAUAUUUUAUGAUCCCAAGACUAUACCUUCAAAGCUGGCUGUUCUGGUACCAGCACAGGCUUCGUUCUUCAUUGCCUAUGUUGUGACAUCUUGGGCAAGUUUGUCAUCUGAACUCACUUUCUUGCUUACUCUCGUUGGUAAUUUCAUACAGAGGCAUUGUUUAAAAUCUCAUGAUAGUGAGUUCCAUGCACCAUCAAUCACCUAUCACAGUGAGAUUCCUAGAAUUCUUCUAUUUGGGCUUCUCGGACUCACCUAUUUUAUCCUAGCUCCGCUGAUUUUACCAUUUAUACUGGUUUUCUUAUGUUUUGGAUACAUUAUCUACCGCAAUCAGCUAUUGAACGUGUACAUGCCCAAGUAUGAAACUGGUGGAAAAUUUUGGCCUAUUGUCCACAAUUCAACCAUAUUUUCUCUUAUACUUAUGCAAGCCAUUGCAUUUGGAAUAUUUAGCCUGAAGAAACUACCAGUUGCAUCCAGCUUGAUUCUGCCGCUUCCAGUGCUCACACUUUUAUUCAAUGAUUAUUGUCGGAAGCGCUUUCUGCCUGUUUUUCAUGCUUAUCCUGCUGAGACUUUAAUAAAGAAAGAUCGGGAAGAUCAGAAUGAUCCGUCUUUGAAUGAGUUUUUAGAUGGAGUGGUUAACACAUAUCGGGAUCCAGCUCUGAUGCCAAGAAACCACUCACAGGACAGACAUGAGCGGAACUCCCCACUACUUUCUCAUGCUUACUCAUAAUAAGAUAAACCCAAAACAAGGUUACACAAAUGGUUGUUAAGAUGAGUUAUACAAAUGGUUGCUGAAAUGAGUGUUUUACUAUCAGGUGAUGAUGUACACAACACUUGUGUUUUUAUUGGUGAGUGUGUGUUCUUGUAUUAUGCUUCAUUCGAAUUUGUUAUUGCCGCAAUGUGUGUAUUACGUAUAAUCACAUGAUAAUACUAUUGCAAUUACUUUUGUUAUUCUUC